AUGAUGUGGUCACCUUUUAACUUUGUCCAUACGAUUAAUGAUUUUGAUAUUGUAUUUGAUAAAAAGUUAUCAUUUAAUAAUCAUAUUAAUUCUCUUUCUAAAAAAUUAGCUAUACUUACAGAAAAUCUUCAUGGUGAAUUAGAACAAGAAAAGUGGGAAGAAAUUCCUCAGAAUAGAGCUUAUUCAGUAACAUUUGCUGAAGAAAAUGAAGAAAAUGAUGAUAAAGAAACAAGGUUUAUAAGACAUGAUACACCUCAUCCACGAGAACUGAAAGCCAGACAUGGGAAAUUAUUUGUUCAGAAAGGACAGAAUAUCGAUGGGCAUGUGAUAAUCCCUGCCAAAGAAAAAGAAGUCAUCACUACAGAAAACUUUCGACCACAAAGAUCAAGUCCAGUUUCCAGCAUCGUAUCUGAAGAAUCUCUUUCUCACAAAAAAGAAAACAAAUAUGGUAAAAAAUUAAGAAAUUAUUCAAUUUUUACUUAGUCUUUUAUUGCUUGGCAAAAUAUGCAUGACUUUCAUAUC